AUGGCCACAGACGUAGUGCUCGAGACCUCUAUAGCAAGUACAGCGAACUACCAGGGUCCGAUCACAGUCGAACUCUACAACGACCACGCCCCGAAAACCUGCAAGAACUUCUCAACACUAGCAAGCCGCGGGUACUACGAUGGCGUCAUUUUCCACCGGAUCAUCAAAUCAUUCAUGCUCCAGACCGGUGAUCCCACAGGCACCGGUCGCGGCGGCUCGUCAAUCUACGGCGAAAAGUUCGCAGACGAAAUCCACCCAUCGCUGAAGCACACUGGCGCAGGAGUCCUCAGCAUGGCCAACUCCGGACCCAACACCAACGGCUCGCAAUUCUUCAUCACGCUCGCGCCAACACCAUGGCUGGAUGGGAAGCACACGAUUUUCGGACGGGUCAAGUCAGGCAUGAAGACCGUGCAGCGAAUGGGUCUGAUCAAGACCAACAACGAGGACAGACCGUUGGAAGAAGUGAAAAUUGUCAAGGCUCGCGUACAGGACGCGCCUUGA